AUGAAGAUCGAUUUUUAUUUUGACGUAAUCUCGCCAUACGCCUAUAUGACGUAUGCUGUGUUGUUGCGCUACGAGAAAUUGUGGAACUUCAAGCUCGAACUGCAUCCGAUUUUUCUUGGCGGCAUCAUGAAGAUGACCGGCAAUAAACCACCUGCACUACUGCCAGCAAGAACGGGAUAUGUUAUUUUAUGGUAGGUUGAAUCACGUCUGCCAGCUUUCCGGUAGGCCCAGACCUAACCUAACCUGUACAUAUUCAUUGGAUGUGAUGUGAGUGUGGGUGUGAAUGCAUAACGGGAUUACGAUUGUGGGGCUGUAUGGGUAAUUCUUCUUCUGCUUCUGCUGGAUUGAAUGACGAGUACUUAAGUUGUUCUAAAGACGAUGCAGAUGAGAGGUUUAGUAUUAAGUUAAUAGGAAGUUAAUAGGAAGCAAAUGAAGAAGAAGAUUGAUAAUUCCACUAUUGUCGAGAACAACUACUACUGCAUAGUUACUUAGCACGAUAUAAUCCUUUUCGCUCACGCUCCCUCUAAUCUCUGAAGAGCAAGCACGUGCCCGUGCCUUUUUCGGGAUGAAGGACAUGCUGGCUGCACCGCAAAACUUCUUCUCCGAAGUCGCCAGAGAAGUCGUGCAAAUCCAGAGAUUGUUGUUAGCGGCAAAGGAAGUUUUGAUGCAGACCAAUCACAAUCAGAAUCAUGGACGAGAUGGAAAGAGCCAAGGAGAUGGAGGCAAGAAGAAGAUGAAAAGCGAUUUGAUUUUUCGACAAAUAGUACAGAGAGCGUUUGAUCUGAUACAUACGAAAGUUAAGAAAUUUAGUCUAAUAUCUUUGAUCUUGAUAUUUUUUAUGUAACAUAAGUGAUUCGCUGCGGGUUCUAAAUUUGGUCAGAUCAUUUGGUAAGAAUGUGAGAUCCUAGGCUUCGCCCGCGCUUCUGGAUGCACCUUGUGUGAGAACGAAGCAACGGCAUCCUACCCUAUCCUAUCCUAUCCUAUCCCGGUAGAACUAGAAGUGAAUUGCUAUCUAAUGUAAAAAUACAAUUGCUCCGGGUUAAACAAUAGAUCUGGAACGAGAAGUAGUUUUACUCAAGAGAUUGAUGCUAGCUGAAUACAUUAUCUUUUCCCCCUUUUCCCUUAACUGAUGCUGUAAUUACCCCUCGUCUGUGCCAGGAUGUCUGCCGGAUAGCUUAGACAUUCCCUUUGUUGUACCCUCUAAGCUAUCCGGCAGACGUCCUGGCACAGACGAUGUGAAGCUCACCGCAAAAAAUAUUUCGGGUUUGUUAGAUGUCACGGAGUCCGAAAGCCCAAUUGCCGAGUUGAUGAUCACUCCCACAGACUCCUUGUUAUGGCUAGAUAUAAAACACUGAGAUUUUCUUAACUGCAAACAAACAACAGACUCACUGUUAUGGCUAGAUAUAACACUGAGAUUUAAGUAUAAACUCAUUGUUAGGGGGGCUAGUAUCACAACUAGAAAUAUUAAACCAUCCUCUUCCUCAGUGGGAGUACCAUCCCUGGCUUCUUCUGUACUACUAGUACCUGCUUAUGAAAUAUUAUUACAAGAGGCCAACGAGGCUUUUAUUCUAGAACAAUAGGGAAGAUGCGGACGGCAUAGCUCUAAGAAGGGGCACGAAACUGAGCAUCGAGAAGAGAAGGCAGAUCUGGUGGCUCGCGCGGUCAGAGGAGAUUAAGAAAAAAUUAGUGAAAAACACGGAAGCUUGCGUGGCCACAGGUGCGUUUGGCGUGCCGUGGAUGCUAGUAGAAGCAGGUAUUCCUAAUCCUACGCAUUCUUCAAUUUCUCCCUUCCGGCCCACGCAGCGACUACAAUUUACAUUUAAUACUUAAUAUUAUCCUAAUAUCUGGUCACAAGUAACAAAGCAAAAGUCUGACUUUCGUCGUUCUCCAUCAGGAGCAGCAGGAACUUCAGUCGGGAAACAACAGCCUGACUUUCGUCGUUCUCCAUCAGGAGCAGCAGGAACUUCAGUCGGGAAACAACAACAACAACAGCAACAACUGACAAUCCAUCAACAGGCUCGAAUAGCGGGUAGAACUCGUCAGGGAAAUCUUAGGCAUCUUGCCGAAUAGAUUCAAAUCAUCAACAUCCUAAUAUCUAUAUCAAUCAUGUUUUUCUUUUUCAUCAAUUCAGAUGAUCCCGGAAGCUCUAAGAAGCUACGCUAUUUCGGGAGUGAUCGGUUUGAGGAUAUGGCGUUUUUUUGCAACAAGCAAUGGCUAGGACCGGAUCCGGAUCGCACGCUAAGACGUAGAGCAUUGAUAACGCCUGAAAGAAUGUCCGUCGUGAGUAGUAAAUAUGCUGGUCCCGCCAUCAAUCCUAUACUAGGUGGUAAAGCAGACGAACAAAAUUCAUCUCAAGAGGACAGAAUGUUGAAGAGUAAACUUUAACUACCUCUACCUUAUUUGAUGCUCAUCGUUUCGGAUCUGUGUCAAGUUAUGAUUUUUGUUGAUAUUUUUUCCGAAGCUCCUGCUGUAGCCGUCGAAUAUGAAAGAAUAUGUUGAACUUGAUGAAAGUCAUAUACUUGG